AUGCCUAAGGCGAAGAAGAAGUUUAUAGACCGUAAGAAAGCAGUCACUUUUAAUUUGGUUCAUAGAUCUCAAAGAGAUCCUCUUGCAGCUGAUGAAACAGCACCUCAACGUGUUUUAGUUCCUGUAAAUGCCAAUAUACCAUCUAGAAAGGAAAAGGAACUAGAACUAACACCAGAACAACAAAAAGAGGAACAACGUAAAUAUGGUAUCUACUUUGAUGAUGAUUAUAACUACUUGCAGCAUUUGAAGGAUACAAAAGAGGUCACUUUAGUGGUACAGCCUAAACCAAUACAUAAAAGAAAUCAGACAACUUCUCAAGAAAAUGAGCAAGUUAAAGAGGAAGAAAUUAAAGAAAAAUUACAAUUUCCAAGCUCUGUAUUUGCGUCUGAAGUGGAAGAAAAUGUUGGUUUAUUGAAUAAGGCUGCAUCACAAGGUCUCUGUUUGGAUUUGGAUCCCGAAGUAGUUGCGGCUCUAGAUGAAGACUUUGAUUUUGAGGACCCAGACAAUGAGCUGGAAGAUAACUUUAUAGAACUAGCUAUGGGUGAAGGUUCAGGUGAUGAGGAUGUUGAUGAUGAAGAUGACAGUAUGGGAAGUGAUGAUGACUCCAAUGAAGCCUUUGGCUCUGAUGAUGAACUUGAUUCUGAUGAUGACUCACAGGAUAGAGCACGACCGCGUAUGGCUGAGUGGAGUAACAAAGAUGACACAAAGUCACGUUUUUCACAAUAUUCCAUGUCAUCUAGUGUCAUUCGUCGUAACCAGGGGUUGUCCUUGCUUGAUAACAGAUUCGAAAGAAUGUUUGCCGAGUAUGACGACACAGAAGUGGGACCAUUAGAUUUAGAUGAAAUAGAAGGAUACCUGCCAGAAACGCAUAACAUGUUGCUAGAUGCGGCAAAAGAGUUUGAAGAGUCACAGAAGAAAUACCAUUUGGAUAAGGAGAAGGAGAUUGCUAGAUUACGCCGUUUACAAGAGAUUGAAGAAGAGUCAGAAGAUGAUCUUGAAACAGUUGAAGUUGAACCAAAAGAUAAAUGGGACUGCGAGACCAUACUAUCCACAUAUUCCAACCUUUACAAUCACCCUAAACUUAUUGAGGAGCCUAAAAAAUCACGGAAAAUUAAAAUUAAUACAAAAACAGGUCUUCCGGAAGAUACACUAGGAAAAGAUAAUAAGUUGACAAUGAAAUCUCUUGCAAAGUUUAAUGCAAUAAAUAAAGAACAAUGUGUUAGUUCAGAUGAUGACGGGGAGACUAAUGCAGAGACAAUUCUGUCUACCCUCAGCGUUUUAUCUAUUAGGCCUAAGGAUGAAACUCCCGAAGAGAAAAAAGAACGCAAGCGCCUCCUCAAAGAAUACAGGAAGGAAAGGAGAAUAGAGAAGAAGGCAAACAAAGAAGCUUUUAAGGAGGAAAAGAAGCGACAAGAGAAGAUAAUGUUGAAUAACAGAAAUAACGUGCAGGGAAAUAAAAUAUUAUAA